AUGGUACGGCGUUCGAAGCACGUGGCACCUCUGGCGACGGGUCGGGAGGAACGUCCGUUGUUGCAUCCUCGAAGUGCGGCGCCAGUGUUGAUUGCGGAGCGGGGUAGUUCGGAAGCAGUGGUGCGUGGAGUGGAGGCGCGUUGUGUGGUGACAGUGAAGCCGUUUCGGAUCGAGGUGUGUGAUUUGUACGGUCGGCCGGUGCAGGAGCAGGUGUGUGAGGCGAAGCAUUUGUUGAGCGCAGUCUUCGCUGGUGUUGCGGGUAUUGGGGAGACGUUGGUAUGUGCGACAGCGGCCUUUACCGUGUGUGUGUAUCACCUGGUGGGUGUGUGUGCACCGCCACGUCUGGUGUGCGAAUUACCGUUGCACUUACCUGAAAACGUGUGGCUGCGUUACUAUCGAGCACACACUCGUCGUCCUGCGUUCCUAAACGACUUGCGGCUCAGUGCGCUUGCCUGUCCCUCCGAAUUCGCCCGACGCCACGGACUCGUUGCCGUUGGCUCCAGUGGCGGUCUCACACAACUGUGGAAAUUACCUGACCGCAAACUCGUCGCCCUCCUUCCACCACCUCUCGCCGAAAAAACUGGCGUCGCUGCACUUGCUUUCUCCGCACUAGACCAGGCCGAGUUCUGCACCGACCUCGCCUCCCCCUUCACUAAGCCUGAACUCUCAUUCGCACGACGUAACUACCUCUGGCUCUUCUACUCAGACGGGCAAACCGCGCUCUGGCGACUCAGCUUCAGCGGAGAUUCCUGGGGACCCCAAGCCACGACCAAUCGCGAACUCCUCCGGACGGCACACCUCUCUGCACAAAUAUCAGCACAACUCUCCGCUCGAGCCGCCAGAACCCGAGCCCGAGAGGGAGAUAGCGCUGACCGAGACGGAGACGGCACUGACCGAAAGGGGGGACGUGACCGAACCGCGGCCGUCGGGGAGGGGGACGUCAAUAAACUCGCCGAAGCACUCGCGGACGACGAAGAACAAACCCUCUACGUCGGCGCCAUCCCACCGCACCUGCAUUAUUACUUCCCCACCAUCGAGCAUCCUCUCCGGACCGUCGAAGACAUCGUGCUCCAGCAACUCGUCUCGUGGAAGGACGUCGUUCGCGAACCCGAACCCGGCCUCGUAACGCUCCACCAUGCCCAGAGCUAUCAGGCCCAGAGCUAUCAUACCCAGAGCUGCAACGCCACCGCUCACGUGUGCGCCUCCGCACACGUGAGUGCCAGCGAACAUGUGCGCGAACAGGACUCAGAGUCAGCGUCGGAGCGCGUGUCUGACGGGAGCGCGCUGCUGACCGACGGCGUUCUCUACAGCCACGGCGGCAUAGCGGGCGGCGGGGGUGGUAUGAGUCGCGUAAGAAGUUGCACGAUGGCGGCGGUACAAGCGAUGGGCAAUCCGUCAAAGUCGGGAAGUCGAUCGAUCGAGGAAUUGGUUGACGAGGAACCGCGAGGAAUUCGGGGACGGGGAAUGGCAUUGCGCGAAUCAGUGGUGAUUGAGAACACUUUGGAAUGUGGUGAGUGGGUAGCCUUGUUUGUUCGACAACAGGCGGAGUUCGGGUUUAUUCUAUUGCAUCCACGAGCAUUGGGAUCGCCUAUACGACCCGUCAUCACCUUCCGAAAUCUCAGUAUUCCCGUCAACAUGGACUCUCCUGUCGCGACUUGUUAUGCUCAAAUACGCGACCGCAGAUGCUUCGUCGUUGCCACUGCUGGAGUCAUCCGCCUCCUGGAACUACGCAUAGAAGACAAAGGACUCGUCCUGGAACCCACUGGCACCGACGACCAGGUAGAAGUCUUCUAUGACAUAGACGUAGACCUCAGUCUCCUCCGCACGCAUACGCUACGGAGACGGGCAGACUUCUCCAAAGCCUAUUACGACCAAGACUUCGACGAACUACUACUCGGACUCACCACGUACGUCUUACACUCUCGCUUCCGUCGCCUCAGUCGGCUGCCUGCGUCGGUUCACUCCCCCCCGUCGGUUCACUCCCCGGUUUAUUCCCUUCUCCUUCCCUUUCUCCUUCUCCUCUCCCUUGCCCUUCCCCUUGCCCUUCCCCUUCUCCUCCUUCUUCUCCAGCUUCUUUACCAGCUCCUGUGUUUUUAG